AUGAUUGCUCGAACCAGGUUGAUGUCUCUUCGUAAAUUGAAGAAGAAAGUUGAGGAAGGGGAUGAUCUUGCACCUGUGACAUUCACAUGGAAAAUUGACAACUUCUAUAUGUUGGAUACCUCCUCCAAGCAUUACACUGAUAUUUUCGUUGUCGGCAAUUCUAAAUGGCAGCGGAUACUUCUGUAUCUGAAGGGGAAUGUUAUUGAUUACUUGUCACCAUAUUUGGAUGUCCGGGAUGCUUCAAAAUUGCCUCAGGGGUGGUCUAGAUGUGCACUAUUCAGCUUGACAGUGGUUAAUCACGUUCAACUCAGCGAAUCAAUAACAAAGGAUGCUGUACAUGUGUUCAAUGCUUGUGACAGUGACAGUGGCUUCAAAUUUUUAGUUCCUCUCAGUUGGCUUUCUGACCAUGGUGGUUAUGAGUAUCUUGUAAAUGAUAUAUGUAUCCUUGAAGCUACAGUCGUACUUCAUAAAACUAAAGCUAAGAUUUUAGAAGAUAAAAUAACUGUUGGUUCUGCACCUGUGGAAUCCUCAGAAGAGGAACUUAAGGAGCAGGGACCUGAUACGGAUUCUGUAAAAGCUCCAAAAUUUUUGACUACACAUGCAAGGAACAGAAUUGUGAACAGAUGCCUGCCUGCCGGAAUGCACCAAGUUUUGAAAGAAAUUACACUGAGCCUACUAGCCCUUCAUUGGUUGAGGAUGUACAUCAGGAACUGA